AUGCUUGUAGGAACAGGGAUCAGAUGGAGAAGGAGACAAUCAAAAAGCACUUUAGCUAGCUGGGGAAAACAACUGAAUAGACAGAUCUGUGAUUACUUAAAGAAGGAAAUAAUAACUCAUAGUUAUGAUAAAAAAGAAUAUGAACAAAAUGUGCACAUGUACGACAAGUGUAAAAACUACGUGGAUUCGAAACAGAAAAUAUUUUACGAUUAUAUUUUGGAAGAAAAACCUAUAUUUCUCUCCACCACAGGAGUGAAAAAUGAGAGGGGUGGGGAAAAAAAAAAAAACACAUUUAAGAAAUAUGAUGAAAUGGAACCCAAUGAACACAUACACGGAAAGGAAAAAAGUGAACAUGGAAAAAGGAAUCUAUUGACAAAUCAACCAUUACAAGUGAAAUACUUAUGUGAAUAUAAAAAAUGGACUAACCUAAUAAAUAAAAAGCCGAAUGUGGUAGUGAAAGGGGAUAACCAUAUAAACAAGAGUGAGUUAACAGCAGAUGGUGAAGGAAAUGACAUAGAAAAUUUUAUGAGAAAAAAUGUUGUAGAAAAAAAUAGUAGCUAUAGUAGUAAUAACCAGGCACUAAUUGAACCCGGUGCAGAAAAUAAGGAACGUGGGUCCUCCACCAGUAUUGCAGCUGCAACUGAUAGUGGAAAUACAAACAAUUACAUAAGCGAUGAGUUAAUGGACAUACGUAUUGACAACAGCAAACAUUUUUACGCCAAUAGUGGAAAAGGGGACAUGAACAAAAUGGACGAAAUGAAGGAAGUGAACAGAAUGAAACUAACCCAAUAUUGCUCAUAUGAAGGAUUGUGCAGCUCGAGAUUUGCUUUUAAUAACUUAAAAAAAGGUAUCUUAAAAGUGAAUGAUAAGGUAGUAUGUGAAAAUGUAACAAUUUCACCGUGGAAUGACAAAGUUGAAUUUACGAAAUUGGGAAAAGAGCUUUUAAAAAAUAAAAACAUAACAAUAAUUUUGAAUAAGCCAAAACAUUAUCUGUCUAUUUUAAAUGAUGAUAAGUCAAAUAAAAAAUUGCUGGCCAGAAAUUUAAUAAGGAAUGAAAAUAAAUACAUUGAAGAAGAACACAAGUGUAUGAGUUAUUUUAUAUACAAAAAUGUAAACAUUGAGAAAGUAAAUAAUUUAUAUGUGUGCGGAAGAUUGGAUGCAAAUUCUACUGGGCUCUUGAUUUUUACACAAAAUACACUGAUGAGCUAUUAUUUAUUAAAUAAGCACAAGUAUGAAAUUGAAAAGGAAUAUAUAAUUAAAACCGUUGAUCCGAUAAAAGAAAUUAAUUUGAAACUUUUGCGAAAAAAUCUAUUCAUUGAUGGAAAGUUAAUAUUCAAAUGUCGCAUACAAUACCUCGAUUCCUUCACCUUGACCUUUACUAUUUAUCAGGGAUUCCACAAAAUUAUUCGGAAGUUAUGUCUCCUUUCGAAUAUUAAAAUUAAGUCUCUACACAGGGUUAGAAUAGGCAACGUUCACCUGAACACGUUGCCCCUUGGAAAGUGGCGCUUUCUCAUGCCCAACGAGUUUUUUUAUCCCUGA